AUGUAUGACGAGGGAUAUAUACGAGAGAAGAGGAAGUUAAAUUGGACAGUGAAUCGAGGGAAGUCUAGGUGGAAUACUAGAGGGUAUGGGUAUGGAUUCACUACGAAAAACGAUUAACUUCGGGGAAAAAUGGAAAUGGGUAAGGGGAAGGGCAAGAUUAAAGUCACGAUAACCGCUUGUUCUACGGAUAGCCGCAAGCGGGGCCUCUAGUGGGACUGGGAUUCUAAAGACAAAGGGGCGAACACCCUGGCCAAAAGGUGACGCAAAAAAAAAGGGAAAAAUCGCUUGUCUUACCGUACUUCGAGGUCCUGGUUACGUCAGGCAGCACCCCAUAUAACACCCCAAAAUUUUGCGUGACUUAUAGAUGGCUCAUAGCGCCACUCCGUCGAAAAAGUGCGGCUGAUACGAAUGUAAUACCCUUUCUAAUACUACAGAGUACAAGACGAAUAGUAUUAAGAGCAGGUUGGUUCAAAACCGGACCAAAAAACUCGCAAAUUUCCAAGUGGAACCAAAAACCUGGGACACCCAAAAUUUUAAAAAAAUCGCCAUAACGCCAGAGUACUGAAGCCAAUUUUGAUAAAACUUCGCAUAGCUUAUUCUCAAAGGUUGGUUAACACUUGUGUAAAAUUUCAUGGCAUUUGAGAAAGAACCCCCAGAGAUAUGAUCAAAAAAUGGGGUGGAACCAAAAACCUGGAACGCACUGUAUUAAUAAAAUCUGAUAUUUUAAGGCUUGGCAAGAUGCCAGACUCUAGCUCACAACAAAACUUUUGAAUUGGUAAAAACCUGGUCAAAAAGGCAUUUGCGUGGUGUUCCGAGAAAAGUUCUGAGGAAUUUUUCACCCUUACAGACCAAAAUUGGGCAGCUAAUUUUUACAUAUUCUGAAUCAGAAAAAUUUUGCGAUUUUUUUGAUAUAUGUCUCGACCUGUAACUCGAUACUCCAUAGAAGUACUUUCCUUGUGAAAUUUCCUCAAUUUUCCCAAAAUUUCUGAUAUAAAAACUGCAUAAAUCUGCCAAGAAACUAUCUGUCCUCUAGCAUUUUAUCCUCUGCAUUUCAUUUUACUCAUAAAAUUUCCAAAAAAUCAAAAUAACCCCAAAAAAUCAUCAAAAUUGGAAAAUUCCUUGUCAAAAAUUUGUUCCAUUUUGGAAAUGAUUGAUUUUUUGUGGUUUUUGCCACAAUUUUUUGCCUUGAAUAUGCAUUGAAAAGAUGGAGAGUUGAGUAGAGCACAAUUUACAAUCAAAAUUUAUUUAAUUUACAGACCAUCCGAACCCACCACAUCCUUCAAAACGCCCCUCCCACCAACCAAUAAAGGCGCCCAACUCUUGCAACGAAUGGGCUGGGAAGGCGGUGGCUUAGGCGCUGACGGUCGUGGCAGAGCCGAACCGGUCGAUAUCGGCGGCCCCAGAGACAUUCAAGACCAAUUCCGAGGCAUUGGAUCCAAACCAGACGAAUUUGAAGAAUACCGAAAACAAAUGAGCAAAAGGUUCGCAAAAUGA